AUGUCAAACCCGCUAGAUACCGAUGCCGGCUCCGAGCUGUUCAGCAGCUACGAGACAGAGCUGAAGUUAGUACAGGCCGAUUUGAGCCAGAAGCUGGACCAGAUUGCAGAGUCGAGUGGAGAGCAACGAAAGUCCGCAAUCAGACAGGCUGAGCGGGCUCUGGACGAGGCGGGUGAAUUGCUCGAUCAAAUGCGCAUGGAGAAGCAGAACAUUCCCUCAGCCGCUCGAUCAAAAGUCAACAUCCGUUUCCGCAACUAUGCCACCGAUAUCGACGAAGCGAAGCGGAAACUCAAAUCCCUUUCCGAUGACCGGAGGGCGCUCUUCGGCGACCGCUACACAGACGAGCCGCAAGAUGAACACCUGGAGCAAAGACAGCAACUUCUUUCCGGCACGGAGCGGCUAGAGCGAAGCUCUGCCCGACUGCAAGAGAGCCAGCGAAUUGCGCUUGAAACGGAGGACAUUGGCCGCAAUACGCUGGCCGACUUGUACCAGCAGCGGCAAACCAUCGAGCAUGCACGGACUGGACUGCAGCAGAGUGAGGGAUACGUGGACACGAGCAUCAAGACACUGAGGGGCAUGGCCCGUAGGUAA